AUGGCGCCCACCACCGUUCCCUAUACCAUUACAUAUCGCCUUCAGGGGACAGAGCCUCCCCUGUUCCUGGCCGGAACUUUCACAACCGUGCCGUGGGGCCUCCAGGAAAUGGGCUGCUCUCGCGAUGAAGGUGGCGAAUAUGUUUUCGAGUCUCGGGUAUUCGUCGAGCCUGGGAGAGAGUACCAAUUCAAGUUCAAGGCCGGGCAACAUGGCCCUUGGAUCUUGGACGAAGAUAAGACUAUUGCCACGGACGAGGAGGGCAACCGCAACAACGUGCUGAAACUUCCCAAGAGCUAUAUAGCCAAGAUCAAGGAUGAAGGAAGAAGGACUUCAACCCCUAUUGGGCAGGUUGCUUCGGUUGCAGGCGAAGUCGCGGAUAUAGCUGCAAAGCUUGAUGAGGAAGACUCGGCAUCGCCUCAAAUCAGCGGAUCUGGUGGUGAGAGCGAGAUUGAUGAAGACCUCAAAACUCCGUUGUUUGCUCAUGAGUGCUUUGGGGCUUACGAGUUCGUCGAUGAUGCCUUGGACCAUGACGCUUUAGAUGAUGCUAAGCUGAGGCGUGCUUCGAAGCCAAGGCUUGACGAGUACGCGAUAGAGGAUACAGACAUCAACGAUCCAACAAUCGAGCAGUUUCCUUGCGACAAGUCGGAGAUAUUCAACACAUUACGCAAAAUUCAGUCUAGUUUAAGUGAAGAUCAAGUUAGUCUUGAUGAUUCACAACAGUCACCUCGCCUUGACGGGAGGAGAACUAGCGUCGACUCGGAUGAUAGUCUUCUGUCGGCGGGAUCUCUGAGCCCAGUCACGGCUAGAAGACGAGAGAAUCGCAUGUCGGCAAGCAGCGGCCGAAAUAGAUCGCUGGUAUCACUCGGCUCUAUCGCUGAAGAGCCAAAAACCCCCUCGGGUUCAGCAGAGCCCUUUCAUCCAUUGUCCACAGCCGGCUACUCGAAGAAAGACGCACAGCUCAAUCGUGCCAAAAGUCCCACAAUCGAGCAGGAUAUCUCAUCCUCAUCCCACCAGCCCACUAUAAAACGGAAGUCCAUGAUGCGCCGCGCAGCUACAAGCUCGGUUUGCUUGGGCUGCACCCGCGCAAUCAGCAGCCGCCCACUCAUACAAACCUCUAUACAGCAGCCAUGUCUCAGCCAACGCUUCUUGUCGCAGCGAGCCAAGCAGAGGCCCUCGCGCAUGGUUCUAGCUGAGCAAGUCCACCGAACACCACGUCUAUCUCGAGAUGACCGCAAACCCAACCGGGAGAGGGUUGCAGGCCCAUUCACUGGCAUGAACCGGAGAGUGGCCAACAUUGAUCCUAGCCGUUCGCCACCACGAGCUCGCUCUGCGCAGCCUAGCGAUCGGAAAUCUGCUCCAGGCGAGGAUAAACGACGAUCGCAGGAUGAUAGAAAGGCGCUCAAGAUGCAGCGCGCCUUGACGUCGGUGUCAUAUAACAAGCGCAUGUCAGUCAAGGAACGGCUGCAGAGAUACGAGUCAUUCGAUCAGUUUGAUCUUCUUCCCGCGCUAAAGACGGCCGUUGUAGACGAGGUCUUUGCGGGCAUGGUUGACAUUCGGCCAACACCAGUGCAACGACUGGCAAUUCCUGCUUUGCUGGGACAGAGAGAGCCAGGAGAGCAAAAAGUUCAAUCCAAAGAGCAAUCUUCGUUCCUAUUGGCGGCAGAGACCGGAUCGGGCAAGACUCUUGCGUAUCUGCUGCCAGCUAUCGAUGCGUUGAAGAUUGCAGAGGCAGAGGACACGGAGAUCCAAGCAUACAAGGAACGAGCAGAAAUAGAGAAGCAGCGCCAAAUGACGUCAGAUUUCAAAGGAAAGCCUUUUGAAGAGCCUCAUCCCACUAUGGCUAGGCCCAAGGUCGUUAUUUUGGUUCCUACAGCUGAACUUGCUCAUCAAGUUGGUCUUGUUGCCAAGAAGCUGUCGCACGUUGUCAAGUUCAAGACGGAAGUGCUGUCAUCAAACCUAAAGCCUCAGCAGAUUCAGCGGAACCUAUACGGACCAAAAGGCCUCGAUGUUGUCAUCUCCACCCCUCACCUACUGGCUUCGAUUGCAGAGUCUGACCCCAACAUCCUCUCACGAGUAUCGCAUUUGAUUAUUGAUGAGGCGGAUUCACUUUUCGACCGAAGCUUCUCUUCCGUCACAUCUAGCAUCGUCGAGCGCUCGUCCCCUUCUAUGAAGCAGCUUAUCUGUUGCUCAGCGACUAUUCCGAGGAAACUGAACAAUUACUUGGCUACCAACUAUCCCAAGAUGGUUCGAUUGACCACUCCCAACUUACAUGCCAUUCCUCGACGUGUUCAGCUUGGUGUUAUUGAUGUUUCCAAGGAGCCGUAUCGCAACAAUAAAGAUCUUGCGUGUGCAGAUGUCAUCUAUACGAUUGGAAGAGAGGCUUCGCAACAUGAGAAUCUGAACAAGGAUGAGAUUGACGUUCGCCGAGUCAUGGUCUUUGUUAAUGAGCGUGAGAAGACUGACGAAGUUGCCAAGUAUCUUCGUUCAAAGGGCAUUGAUGCCGAGGCGCUACACAGAGACACUCCAGAGAAGCGCCACGGAGAAAUACUGGAGACUUUCACAACUUCUGAACCACUGCGAACCGUUGUUUCUCCCGCUCCAUCACGUCACCGAGCCUUGACAAACGUCAAGGCUUUGGUUGUGACCGAUCUGGCCUCUAGAGGCAUUGAUACGCUUGCUGUUCGACACGUCAUCUUAUAUGAUGUACCCCAUACAACUAUUGAUUUUAUCCACCGCUUAGGCCGAGCUGGUCGGAUGGGGCGACGUGGAAGAGGCAUUGUCCUUGUAGGAAACGAUGACAGGAGAGAUGUCGUUGCAGAAGUGAAGAACAGCAUAGGACGUCCUCCCGGACCCCGUGCGGGCAAGGCUGCUGCCGUGGUGUCAUCCAGUGCAGAGCCGGGCAACAGCUCCAGUGGCGCCCUUGAAACCAAACCAGAGACUAGAGGCCGUCCUAGAGGCCGCCCCAGGAAAAUACGAUCUGUCGCGCAGCUAAACAUUAACGACGAAGACUCUAUUGUGACGGCAAAUCGUACUCGCGACGAAGCGCUCAACAGGCCCGCUGACGAAGAUGCGACCGCAACAAGCGAAGGAGAAGCAAUGCGUGCCAGCUCCAGAAGCUCAAUAGAGCUUGGCCGAUUUACAGCGUCUACACCGAAUUACAAUCAACGGGAUACAAGCGGAUUGGAUCUGGGCGACAGUGUUUUUGGCGAUUUGGAUGACAGCUUUGCGGAUGGCCCUGGCUCAGCGCGCUCGGGAGAUAUUUCAAAUAUGUCAUAUAGCGCUCUCCGGACUCAGUCACGCCGGUCUAGUUUUAUAGGAAGAAACGAUCCCCCAAUUCGACCAAGCAGCCGGAGUGGGAACACCCCUAGAGUCGGUUCCUCAUUCAACAUCGGCCUUUUCAAGCGGCGUGCACGGGAGCCAAGCAUUUUGGGAACUAGCCGGGAGCCUCUUGAAGGGCCUUCGCCAGCCGGCCAGGAUUCUGAGGUCAACAGCGAAGAUGACUUUGAGCCUGAGGCGGAAUCCACCCCGUUGAAAAAUCGACGCCGAACACGUGGAAACGAUGAAAUUGCAGAACCAGAGUCGCCAGAAGAGGCCGAAUCCUCAAACCCAAGAAAACGGAAGAGUUUGGAUGCGCAGCAAGAUAGCACACGCCCAGAGAAAGUGUCGCGUACGGAGCCCGGUUCAUCUAGACAGCUUCGAGAGAGGCAUUCAUCGGAACUGCCAGAUGCUCCUCCAUUCCCUGAGGAGGAUCAGAUAGAUGAGACAAGCGAGUCAGAAAUAUCGGAUGUAUCUUCGCCUCGGGGGCCUCCGUCUAGACUCCCGCCGCGCCCAGUUACACCAGUCAACCAGGCGGAAAUCGCAGCUCCGCCCGCGAGUAGUGGAUCAGAAGCAUCUGAUGUGUGGCCAGAUAUUCGAUCGCUAGCAAAGAAGCGCCGCAGACCUUCCGUCACCACUCCCACACGCCUCGACAAUCUAUCAGACAUAUCUUCACCUCCUUCAUUAACACAUUCGCCAAACUACGAUGCAGCCAAGACAGGCAAGACACGUGGUCGGCCACCACGAAGCCAGCAAGCUUCGCCUAAGAUGACUACGGCUGAUCUUACAAGCCUGCUCCCUAAGCGGCGAUACAAGAAGCAGCGCGACCCCCUCGGCUUGGAAAGUGACGAAGAGCUCGAUACAUCGGGAUUGGGCAAUGGAGAUGAUGAACUGUCUUAUUUGGACACUGAAACUGCCCGCAGGCGAAAAAGGGGCCGGCCACCUACCAGAGCCGCUGGUUCCCGUUCAGCCUCCCGAGGCGGUAGGACGGGCGGUUCAUCGAAACAAGUUGGCGCAUCAGGCAGGUCUGCAUCACGCCGACAUUCAUCAGAUAAGGAAAAUGCAGGAGACAGGAGCAGAGGCAGCGAUAAUGAUGAGGACGAGGAUGAGGAAGGAGAGGAAGAAGCGAGCCGAUUUAUUCCUCUGGCAGACAAUACAUUUGAUAGUGCCGCAAAGGAGGCGGACGCUGCUCUUGCAGACGCAGCAGAACUGAAAGAGGCGAGCAAAAAGUUCAAAGAGGUAGACAGGUGGGAACUAGAUUUUGAGGAAGUGGCCGAGCCGUCUUCACCACAAGACGGGAGAUGA